CGCACCUGAGUGCUGACGUGAUGGCCUGGUAGCUGGCAGCCGGCAGCCGAGGACUCCGCCAUGCUGGUGCUGUGCUACGUGCUGGGGGGCGUGGCGCUGCUCGUGCUCACGCUCUACCUCACGCUCGAGUUCCACUACUUCAUGCGCAUGGCCAUCAGCGUCCUCAUCGCCAGGUUCUUCAAGUCAAAGGUCGCCAUCCUCGACGAAACCUACACCUAUGGUGUGUGCCUCACGACGGACGUGGACACGCUGCUAUUCCACAUGAACAACGCGCGCUACCUGCGCGAACUGGACUUCGCCCGCGUCGACUUCUACGAGCGCACCGGGCUGUACCGCAAGAUCCGACAGAAGGGAGGCGCCGUUGUCCAGGGCGCCUGCACCAUCCGCUACCGCCGCUUCGUGCGGCCCUUCUCUAGGUUCAAGAUCACCUCCAAGGUGAUCUACUGGGACACGAAGUCGGUGUUCAUGGAGCACCGGUUCAUCACGCCCAAGGACGACUUCGUGCGCGCCAUCGUGAUCUGCCAGCAGCGGGUCAUCAACUGCAACGCGGAGGAUAUCAUCAGCGAGCUGCUGGGCGCCAAGGACGAGGAGGUGGGCAGCCGCAAGCCGCCGCUGCCCCUCGAGGUGGCCAAAUGGAUCGAGAGCAACGAGAUCUCGAGCGCCAACUUGCGCAACGGCUGCUGACCCCGGCCCGCGGGGGCCUCUCCUGCCCCCAACGGCGUCGCCGCCCCCGAGCCAGAGCGUCCCCCCGUCCCCGCCCCCGAGUGCCCUCCCGCCCCCAACGGCGUCCCUGUUCCAGAGGCUGACCCUGUCAACUAGACGUGGCCCCUCUGGCAUUAUUUAUUCCUCCGGCAGUGCCCACGGGUCGGCUGGCGAGUGAAAAAGACUGACAGCAGUGCGUAUCUCCCCAUUUGUGACAAUCAGUAAUACGAAAGAGAAACGAAACUCCGGUUUCUAUCUCGAGACCUGUAACUAGUCGAGGAAUCACUCUUCUGUAGCCUCCCUGCUACGGACAAUAUAUUUAUUCGUCGCUGACAACAGCUGUACGUUCUUAUCUAAGUCAAGAGGAAGUAAGUUGUUUCCUAAGUUAAAUGUAAGAUGUGGAACAGUGCAGUACGCUUCUAUGUAACUGGUUGCACCCCCUAAACAUUGGGAUGAGGCUACCCUCAAAAAAUAUUCAGAUUUAUCCGUAUUUGUCUCUUUCACUAGUGAUCUGUCCUACCUAUGCAUAAUAUUUUAAAAAUCUGGAAGUCAGUCUAAAAUAUCGAUUUAAAAAUUAACUCCACACAUUUCAUGUCAAAAAAUACUGGAUAGUAUACUAAACCACUAUGUUCACCAGCAAUUUCAACCAUUUGAGGAUGAUCUCCGAUCAGGUCUGAUAAUUUUAGCAAAUGACAAAGUUCUUAUGUGAACUGCUGUAGCAUGAAAAGUAUAUUGCUGUUGGAAUAAUACAUAAAGUGUGAGUUAACAAUGAGUAUCUCAUGCACUGUGACCUAUUACAUUGAGAAUUCAGGAAACCAAAGCACAUGAAAUAUGAGCUGUCAACUGGACAAAUGCAAGUAAUAUUAAAACUAAAACUGCUGCUUAUUUUAUCAACGACUUUGUAAGUGCAUAACGUUCCUCAGUUAAGUCUACUGUCUUUUUCUUUAACUUUUUGUACAUUUGUAUACAUCCCUACUACUUCAAUGCAUAUGUCAUGUGCCCAUCUUCUGCCUUAGGCACACACAAAAAGUAGUCAUAUCAACACGAAAGGAUGAAGACUGCUGCAGUCAAACAGAAAUUUUCAUUACUGGCUUCUAAAUCAUAUUGUUUCCUUCUAUUCUAAGUAAAAAAUAAGCCUUAUCAGUUCUUUCUUUCUUUCUUUCUUUCUGUCUUUCUUUCCCUCUUCUUCCACUUUCCUCUAGAGUCUGAUAUAAUUAUGACAUUGUAUGUUGAAACUUCUACUACUACUUCUUCUUCUUCUCCUCCUCCUCCUCCUCCUCUCUCUCUCUCUCUCUCUCUCUCUCUCUCUCUCUCUCUCUCUCUCUCUCUCUCUCUCUCUCUCUCUCUCUCUCUCUCCUUAAGUAUUAAGCUGUGCUGAGCCAUUCAAACUUAUAAAGGUAAAAAAAAGCCUGUAUUUUAUGCAGCCAGAUGCAAAAUACUAAUUAUACAAGCACCAUUAAUUCAGAGAGCAAGAUGAUUAUUUUUCUAUCUUUUAUAAAAGCAGUGCAAUUCACUAGUUUGCAAAAAAUUAUCUUUUCAACUAAUUUGAAUCUUUGAGUUUAAUUAUGACAAUUUCAUAGCAAAGUUUAUAAAUCCAUUUCUUUCCAUCUAAUGGAUGAAAGUUAAUACAUUCUGUGUGGUGUUCCUAUGAUCUACUAGAAUAAAAAAGCUAUCACUUCUCAAUGUAGCAAAAUCAAACCUAUCUAAAGAAUCCCUUCAGGUCAUUAGGUACCUAUUAUCUCCAGUUGAAACUGUCUUAACUAGACUUAAAAUAAUUAAGUUAAAGAUGUUAAGUAAUGUAGGAGAAAUGUGUGUGUGUGCCAGAAAAGGACUACCUUACACAUUCUCAUUAUAAUAUGAGAAUAGUUAAUAUUGUUCAGAAUGAUUAUGGAAAUAUUUACAAAUAUAUAUAAAUAUGUAUAGAAUCAAAAUGAAAAUGGAUUAUGGUGCUGUCCUCUCUCAUGCAGAAUGAUUUGACUUUUUAUGUAUGUUAUGUCACUUUCUGAAAGCAGUGACAAUCCCUUUGUAAAAAGUAUGCUAUGCAUACUCUGCACAACAUUGUUAGAUGUUCACUGGGAAUACACAAAAGUUUGAAACUGUUCUUUACAUUUGUGCCUGCUCUCAUUGUGACUGAAGAUUCUCAGUAGUAUGUGUUAAACAUUAUUAUUCAUGGGUAGUUUUAUAACAAAGUAUUUCUUAUGAAUGAACUGUGAUAAUCUUUCAUACGCAGAAAUAACUGAAGUUAAGAUAAUGUACUUUAUUAUUCUAAAAGUACAAAGCCUGAUUUGUCUUAAAUGAAUAUUUGUUAAUAGCACAAGUAUUGUACAUAGUUCUUGAUUUUAUGCAAAGUAGUACAACCCAAAUCAUUCAAAAAAAGAAAAUAGUAAUUUUGUAAAAUUAAAUACUGCUCCUAUGGCAAUUUAAUUUUUAGCAAGUUCUGUUAACUAAAUCACACAUGAAUUGUUGAUCGUGAAGUCCAUGUUUACUAUCCACAGGUACAUCCUGGACCAAUGUAUUUGUGCCAGAACUCUCAUAAUAAAUAUCAGUUGUUAAA